AUGUCAUUUCGCAUUCCGUUGUUUUUUUUAUCACAGCAGAGCAAGGUAGUAGGUACAUUUACAUUAUGUAGACUCGUGCGCAUAACGUCAUAGCCUUCGAUUGAACUAUUGCAAAUAAAAACAAGUUAUCCAACAAAAAACUCUACUGUAAAGUGAUUGUGAUACGCUGUGAUUUACAGGAGUGCAGUGAAAGUUCGUCUGUGCGCAAAACUUUUUGAAUUUGGAACUGGGUUUUCAAUUUUGUUUGUGCCAAGAAAAUACUUAAGAUGCAGGAGGGACUAGAAGCUCUUUAAUCUGCUCACUAUGUGCCAUUCCAAGUUCCCCGUACAAAACAACACACCAAUGGCUGAAAGUAAAAACACUACAACGAUGACGGAAUGCGAAAACAAUACAACAAUGGCGGAAAACAAAAACUCCCUCAGAAAAAAACUAUGGGAACCGUUAGUCGCACUAUUCCGAAAGAACAAGAAAGACAAGAAGAAACAAACAAAAAACAGAAAGCAAGAAUCAGAGGAAAUUCAAACAAAUAUUAAUGAGAUUACACAAAAUGAGAUGCGCGUGGAAGCGCCAUUCGAGAAUCUCCUCAAAAAGUUGGAGAAACUCGAAAUCGAGAAGAAAGCACGGCUGAAUAACGAAGCAUCGGGUCUCAACGACCAAGACGACGACUCUAUUUGCGAUUUUCAAAAUGAGGUUGAAAGAGAGAAAGGAGUGUUAGAAGAGUUUAUAGAAACAGACAAAAAGUCACGAAUAGAUUCAACGCCGAGUCUUAACGAUUGUGACGCAGAACUUCUGGAGAAUUUCAACCAACUUGUAAUCGAGAAGAAGGAAGAUGAAGAAGACGAUGAAGAAUUGAAGAAGUUUUCAACUAAAAUUGUGUGCGAAGACAGGGCUUCGAGGAUCGAUUCUCAGUCAUCCGAAGAUAGUGGAUUCGCUGAUAACUCAGCCCAAGAUUCUGAUGGAAAUGAAGAUAAAGAAGAGGAAGAUGAUAAAGAAGAUAUUGGUGGUAAGACUAAAAAGAAGAAAGUGCAGAAGGCUUACCUCAGAAGGGGUCCUGACAGGAACGACAAAUUAAAAUCGAAGCAAGCUACCGCUUCCAUUCGUCCAUAUGAGAUACGGAACCCUCAGAUGCACUCUGGCGGGCAAGUGAUCGUGAAAACAGACUUCGUCACAGUGCCCACACCGCCGAAAAUACACGAUCAACUCCCACCGUCAAUCAACAUAUCAACUUGUGAAGAAAUUGACCUGUCUUUCUUAUCUCAAGAAGAUAUAAACAAAUGCCUAAGUGUUUUGCCAUUUGAAGUUGAUGAAGGGUUAAACCAACCCAGCCAAACAUAUCAACCCUCACAAACAUAUCAAUUCACCCAAACACAUCAACUCUCCCAAACGCAUCAACUCGCCCAAACAAAUCAACUUACACAAACAUAUCAACUCGCACAAACGCAUCAACUCGCCCAAACAAAUCAACUUACACAAGCACAUCAACCCAGUGAACCCGAAAAUCUCCUAGAUCUGGACAUGAAUGAAGAAUUUGAUGACGUAAGCGAAAAUGUUGGCUUGGAGUUGGAGCGUUACAUACUACCAACACCACCCAGCUCUGUCAACAGCUUUAUGUAUUCUCCCCAAAAUUCAAGCAUGGAAUCCCCCCACAAAACCAUAGACACAUCACCAGGGAGCCCCAAUUUAUCGUUGGACGACGAUCUCGAAAAGUUUAUGGAAAUAAUCCCUAGAUCUUUACCAAUUCACGCACGCAAUGCAUCACCAAUUUUCCCCCAAUUUGGGGAAAUCACACCACCUGAUAAUUCAAUAAGAACUUCACCACCCUAUCAGUAUGGGGAAAUCACCUCACCCGAGAACUCAGUGAUGUCUUCACCAUCGUACCAACAAUUUGGGGAGAUUACCCCACCCGGAACAGUGUACAAAAAUCUGAAAAACUACAAAGACCGCCAAAAGGAGUUGGCGAAGCAAUUCGCCAAAAUGGAGUGUUGCCAGUUAAUUUUGAAACCCUGUAAAGAGAUCUUUCGAGAGAAACUACGUAAGCUGUCGAAGGAGAAAAGGAAAUGGCUGUGCUUGAGUGUUGCCAGCUUGGAGCUAAAAUCUGCCUACAGCGUCCUUAUUCAUACACUACGGGAUCUGUCCAAGUGUGACAAGGAGGAAGAGCUGAAGGAGGCGCUCUUCUGUCUGGUGUGCACCAAGGUGCUGUCAGAACAGAAGAUACUCUUCGUCGAGGAGUUUGGUCUGAGCCUGCUGCGGUUCGCGGUGCUACAGUGCUACCAGCGGCCGGUGAUCACUCGCUAUCUGGUGGAAUGCGUGCGUGUGGUCACCAGGAGCGACGAGUACAAACGUACGGGCGACAUUGUCUUCACUGAGGUCGACUCCCUGGGCGACAACCUGCUGAUAGCGUGCGUGCGCGCCGGGGACAGGUGCGCCAACGUGCUCCGAGAGUUAGUGCGCGCGGACGAGCACGACGUGCCUCUGUUUGAUGUGCACCAUGUGAACACUGACGGUUGCACAGCUCUCCACGAGUGCUGCGCUAAGCACAGCGCAAGUGCACCGCGCGUGCACUCCCUGCAUGUGCUGCUACAGCACGCCGCCGCUGACCGCUGGAAACAGGACCGCAAGGGGGGAGAGACUCCCCUCCACCUGGCGGUGAACUCCGCCAACUGCGAGCUGGACAUGAUCCUCAUCUACUUCCACAACAUCGACCGGAGCAAGUGGUUCCACCUGGCGCACGUCGAGAACCGCAGUCAAAAAAAUCCACUGGAGUACGCGAAAUUCGCCAAAAAAUCGAGACCGAACUAUCCGCGGGAGAUAUUGGACUUCCUGGAGAGAUGCCGGAAAUAACGAGAUUAUAAUUAUAAGAAUUAUUGUUAACAAUAAAAAUAAGUUUAAAA